AUGGUCGACGUGGUUCGAACCAAGUCGCACCUCUUCCGUCCAUCACAUCGUUCCUCACCUUCCACAGAUGCAAACAACGCAGCACAGCUAGCCGCCGCGAUGCCUCGUCCAUCAAGGGGUGUAGGGCAGUCUGCUUCCGAUGCUGCUUCGGCUGCUGAAUUCGCAUCAAAGAAGUACGUCUGGAUCCCAGACCCCAAUGCCGGCUACGUCUCUGCCUGGGUCAUCAAAGAGCAACGCGAGUCCUCGCUCUGCGCUUUGCAAGAUGGAACCAACCGUACCGUCCCCAUAUUCGAGCUCAGCAAGAUGAAUCCGCCCAAGUUCGACAAGGUAGAAGACAUUGCCGACCUUACCUUCCUCAACGAAGCCAGUGUUGUCCACAACUUGCGCCAACGAUACUUUAGCUCCCUCAUCUACACAUACUCCGGUCUCUUCUUGGUAGCUGUCAACCCCUAUCACUCCUUGCCCAUUUACACAGAUGCCAUCGUCGCAGCAUACAAGGGUCGAAGGCGGGAGGAGAAUGCUCCACACGUCUUUGCUCUCGCUGACGAAGCCAUGCGCAACAUGAUCGACAACCGCGAGAAUCAGAGCUUGCUCAUCACAGGUGAAUCAGGGGCUGGAAAGACCGAAAACACCAAAAAGGUCAUUCAGUAUCUCGCAGCUAUCGCCGCUGAUCCUACCGCGCACAGCUCUCAGUCAUCAGCCAACACUCUCACCGCAUCUUCCUCUCGAGAGGUUCUCGACCGCAUCAAUGGUGUUGAGCCAGUCACAGCCAAACGUCUUGGACUCCUCGAGCGUCAGAUCCUGCAAGCCAACCCAAUCCUCGAAGCAUUUGGUAACGCACAGACGAUCCGCAACAACAACUCGAGUCGUUUCGGAAAGUUUGUCCGCAUCGAAUUCACCUCGGUCGGCGCCAUUGCCGGUGCCAACAUUGACUGGUACCUCUUGGAGAAGAGUCGUGUUGCCAUUCGCAGCGAGAACGAGCGCAGCUUUCACAUCUUCUACCAGCUUCUUCGUGGUGGUGAACCCGAGCUCAAGCAGAAGCUGCUGCUCUCCAGCUCGCCAGAUGACUAUGCAUACCUCAAGGGCACCCGCAAGGACGUCGAGGGAGUCGACGAUAGAGCUGAAUUCAACCUUCUCCGUGAUGCCAUGAACACUGUCGGCUUCACUCCCGAAGAGCAGCUCAACCUAUUCCGCGUCGCUGCUGCCAUCUUGCAGAUCGGUAACAUUCAACUCGCAACCGACCGCACCGAUCAAGCCCGAAUCACCAACAUGCCUCAGAUCGAAAAGGUCUGCCAUGUUCUAGGCCUGCCCGAGCAAGAGUUCUCCAAGGCCCUCUUGAGACCCCGUGUCAAGGCUGGUCGCGAAUGGGUCACCUCCGCCAGGACCAUGCGUCAAGCUUCUGAAGAGAUGGCUGCACUCAGCAAGACAUUGUACGAAAAGGCAUUCGGCUGGCUCGUCGAUCGCAUCAACAAGGCGCUUGAUCGACCUACCAGCAAGAGCAGCUUUAUCGGUGUCCUCGACAUCGCCGGUUUCGAGAUCUUUGAGGUCAAUAGCUUCGAACAGCUCUGCAUCAACUACACCAACGAGAAGCUCCAGCAAUUCUUCAACCAUCAUAUGUUCGUCCUCGAGCAGGAGGAGUACGCCCGAGAGAACAUCGAAUGGGAUUUUGUUAACUUUGGUCUCGACUUGCAGCCUACGAUCGACCUGAUCGAGUCCACUACGCCUAUUGGUAUCCUCUCAUGCUUGGACGAGGAGUGUAUCAUGCCCAAGGCCACCGAUCUCACCUUCACCGAAAAGCUCAAUCGCACUUGGGCCACCAACAAGGAUGGCUCUGCAACCGAUGCUGCCGAGAAGGCUCUCGCCCACGGCUCCACCAAAUUCGCACCCACUCGAUUUGCUCAAGGCUUCACAGUCAAGCACUACGCCGCUGAUGUCACCUAUCGCACCGAUGGAUGGCUCGACAAGAACAAGGAUCCUCUCAACGACAACCUCACCCGUGUCAUGUCUGAGUCCGCUGACCGCUUCAUCGCCUCGCUCUUCGCCGAGUACGCCGAAGUUGACGAGCAGACUGCUCUCGCUUCCGCACCCAAGCGUCGCGUCAAGCGCGGUGCCUUCCGCACUGUCGGUCAGAGACACAAGGAACAACUCAACUCGCUCAUGACUCAGCUCUCCUCCACUCAGCCCCACUUUGUCCGUUGCAUCGUUCCCAACGCCGAGAAGAAGCCAGGCAAGAUGGACGUUCCCCUUGUUCUCGAGCAGCUCCGAUGCAACGGUGUACUAGAAGGUAUUCGUAUCGCUCGUCUUGGUUACCCCAACAGACUCCUCUUCUCCGAGUUUAGGAACCGUUACGAGGUCUUGACCCCGGGUAUCAUUCCUCCUGGCUACAUGGAUGGUCGCAAAGCAUGUCAGCGCAUGGUUGAGGCACUCGAGCUCGACAAGUCGACCUUUAAGAUCGGCACUUCCAAGAUCUUCUUCAAAGCCGGCCUACUUGCCGAGAUGGAAGAGCGUCGCGACUCUCACCUUUACGACAUCUUCAGCAGAUUCGGCGCCGCUUGUCGCAUGUACACUGCUCGUCGGCAGAUGAAGAAGAUUCUCAACCGUGCCGCAGCCGUACGGACGGUACAAAGAAAUGCUCGUCUUUACGUCGAUCUUCGCGAAUGGCCAUGGUGGCAGCUCUACACUCGUAUUCGUCCUCUACUUACCGCUACGCGACACGAUGAGGAGCUCAAGCGCAAGCAGCUCGAGUUGGCCAUGGUCACCGAACGUGCCGAACGAGAUCAGAAGGAGCGAGAGGCACUCCAAGUGCUCAAGUUCCAGCUCGAGGCGGAGAAGCGUAAGAUCGAGGAGCAGCUCGAAUCCGAACGAACACUCCUGCUCGACAAGGACCAGCUUCUGGCUAGGUCCAAGGAGCGCGAGUCUGCACUUGAGGAUGACUUGGCUGCGCUGCAAGGCGAUGUUGACUUGCUUGAAGGUCAGCUCGAGAAAGCGAUUGCAUCUCAGAAGGCAACAGAGCAAGCACACACGGAGCUCAAGACUGCUUUCGAUCAAGCCGGCGACCAUCUCCUGCGCCUCGAGGCUGAGCAGAAGGUCUGGAAGGAGAAGGAAGACACGUUCAUGCGCGACCUCAGCAAACACAGCACCAACGCCGAACAGUUCAGAUCUGAACGCCAAGCCUUCGUCGCCGAAAAGGAUGAGCUGCAACGCAAACUCCAGGAGAAGGAACAAGACCUUGACCGAGCUCACAAGCGCAUGCUAGCUGCUGUGCAGGAAGUCGAGGCCAAGCUCAUGGCUGAAGCUCAGAGUCGCCAAGAAGAGCAGAAGCGGGCGCUGCAGCUCGAGGAUCAGACUCGUCAAUCUUCUUACCAGCUAUCGGAGCUUCAACGUGUCGCGGCUAGCCACGAGAGUCGCGUCAAGGAUAAGGAGCAGGAAAUUUCCCAGUUGCAGAAGCAGCUAUCCGACCUAUCACGCGAGCGUGAGGGACUGACGAAGCAGCUUGCAGACCUCAAUCUCAAGCUUAAUACGCUUUCCUUCGAUCUCAAGUCGUCCAAAGACGAGCAUGCUAAAACCUCAGAGGCCAAGUCUGCACUUCAGAAGGAGCUCGACGAGACUCGUCAUCUGAUGGAAGCCAAAAGUUCGGAAGAUGUCAAGACAAAGGAGAUUCACCGAAUGAAAGAGCAAGAGCUUCAGACGUUGCGCGAGCAGAUGGCUUCCGUUCAGAGGGAGUUGAGUGAGGCUAAGCACACCAGUCUCGAGCAAAUAUCGGCGCUGCGUGCUGAGAUCUCGGCCGCGCAGAAAGAAGCGAACGCUCAUGCUGCGGCUCGUCAGGAAGCAGAAGAAGCUGUUCGUGCAGCCGAAGUUCGAGUUCGCGAAGCAGACGCCAAAGUCGCUGCGGCUGAAAAGGCAGCUCGUGAAGCGGAAGCCUCACUCUCCGAGGCCCAGUCCAAAUCUACUGUGAUCAACCGCGGUCUCCAAGACGCCCUCCGCAAUCGCGAAACGCUCGAAAAGCAACUCUCCCUCGCCGCUACCAAGCACCAGGACCUCGAAGAUGCCCUUCUCGAACUCGAACGUCGCGAGACAGCCUCAAAGCACAAGGUUGAUAAGCUUGCUGCCGAGCUCUUUGCCGAGUCCAAGCGACGCGAACUUCUCGAAUCUGCGCACAAGCAGGCUGAACGUAAUGCAAACAGCUUGCAACAGCUCGUGGCGGGCAAGGAUAAGGAGAUCAGCGGUCUCAAGCAUGAGCUGACUCUCGCUCAGCAAGAGAUGCGCAAAUUGCAAAGCAUGCAGAACAAAACGAUUGUCGAACACGUACAUGUUCUAGAAGAGGCCAAGAAGUACACUGAUCGACAACUGUUGGACGCACAAUCCAAGCUGCAAGAGCUGGCGCAUUAUACAAAGACGUUAGAGAAGAGCAAGGCAAGGUUGGUGAGUGAGAACGAGGAUUUGACGAGGGAGUUGACGAGGGUGCAACGCGCGGGUGGUGCUGCUGUAGCUGCUUCUCCGACGGUCAGCAAUGGGUUGAGAGGUGCGGUGACUACCUAUGGUAACGUCGCGCCGUCAGCUGCUAAUGGCGAUGCUAAGAGUCUGAAGAAGCUAGAGGACAAAGUUGCAGAACUUAGCUCAAACCUUCGCACAGCGCAGCAGCAGAGGGACGAAGCAUUGUCCAAUACCCGUCGCAAGGACCUACAGGCAGACGAAAUGGUCUCUCGCACUCGUAGACAGUACGAGCAGCACAUCCAGGAACUCGAACGCCAGCUGAAGAACUCUCAGAUUGCACGUAGCACCACGAUGAACAAUCUCGAAGAGCUUGUUCUUGCCGGUCAUGGAUCACCACAGGUCACAGGUGGGGCUUCCGAUGGGCUUCGGCAUCAAAUCCUGGACGAGUUGAGGAGGGGACAUGAGGAGCUAGAGCAUGAUAUCGCGCUCAAAUCCGAGCAGUUGCGUUCUCACAAACUACCCACCUCCAACGGAUCGGUUGCUCCACCUGCACGCGGUUCAAGCUCGUACUACGUCUAUGGAAACGACACCAAACGAAAUGCUAACGGCAGCUCAUCAUCAGCCUCUUCCUCUAACAAUGCCGAACUCGAAUCCAAGCUCGCCGAAAUGACUCGGCUAUACCAAGAGAGUAUUUCAAGCCAGCGCAACUCUCAAGCCCAAAUGACAAACCUCGUCACUCAAAUCCGAGACCUUCAAGCCGGUUUGGACGAAUCAGAGUUGAAGUACGACCAUCUAGCAGCAGCCUAUCAAUCUCUCAUCCAAGAAGCAGGCGUAGAUGAGAGUUUGAUUAACUCCCUACAGCAGACGCUGGAGAGGUAUAAAAGUCAGGCGGACAAACAUAUGGAAAAUUGGAGAAACACUACAAAGGAGCUAGAGUCUCAGGCCAAAAGCUUGAGUCUAAGGAAUGGGGCUGGUGGGAGGAGACCGGGGAGUAUCCCUCCGGAGAUGGUUGGAGGAAUGAGUCCCACCCGUACGCAACUCAGUAUGAGAUAA